AAUGUGUGUGUGUGUGUUCCUGCAGUGCUGACAGUGUCGGACACAGAGGUCGCAGAGGAAACGGUGAUCAGCGACGAGCCGUCUGUUAAGCGUCAGUGUGUGAAGGAAGAAGAAGAAGAUGAUCAGAUGACAGAAACACAAGACACACAGAUACAGGAGAAAGUGGCUCUUCUGAAGCAGCUGGAGGAGGCGAACCGUGAGGUGCAGAAAUACAGACAGCAGUUCCUGAAGAAGGAGCAGGAGGCGGAGGCGUACAGACAGAAGCUGGAGGCCAUCACACGGCAGAGCGUGAAGAAAGCAGCGUGAACCUGACCGGAUCAUUAUCAUUCAUUUACUUCAGUUCUCGUCAUAAAGUGUCUCAGCUGUGGUGCUCGUGUGGCCGACACAGGUUCGAUUCUGACCCACAUCCCACUGGCCUUUGAAUAAAGAGACAAAAGCCCCUCAAAACCAGAAUGAGGAAGGUUUAAUUGUGCUGUAAUGUCAGAUGUCAUGUGUUUGAUCUGCACGUCUGAUCAAAUCCUUCAUCGUCAGACUCGUUUCCUCGCUGAUAAUCAACAUGAAUCUCUUGUGUUUAUAGUUUCCUGCUGCUUGUUGUUUGUGAUGCAUUUUUCAGGAUUUCUGUCAUCUUACUUUUAAAAGACAGCAGCGCUGGAUUUGUUUUCUUUGAGGAGGAUCUGAGCAUCUCUCCAACACCGAUCUGCUGGUUCACAUCUAGACGGCAGAUUAUAACACAUCUUAAACUGAAUAUGCCGAAUAAAUGCACAAUAAAAGGGUUUUACAGUCUGAACCAGCAACAGCAUCUGUGUAUCUGUGCGUCUGUAGAUGAAGUAUUACAGUAUUGGGAAGGUUCUGAGCUCUUCAAACACACAUAUUUCAGAUACGGAUUGGUUUUUGAUUCAUGCCGUAUCAGUGCUCAUAAAGACAGAUGCGUGUUUGGAGGUGCAGAACUAUCAUUCUGAAUCCAAGCGUGUCUUUGUGUAGUUGGUGUGUUUGCGUCAGUGGGCGGCUCCAUCAACAGCAGCUAUAAGAGCAGACUGAGAUCUGAAGCGGCUCAUCCUCGCUGAUCUUCUCUUCCUCUGACAGACGCGAUGCAGGCGCAGGAGUACAUGAUGAGAGGGAAGGAGAUGGUGGAUUUCAUCCAGCAGUAUCUCACACAGAUCCGUGAGCGGCGGGUCGUUCCAGACGUUCAGCCGGGUUUCAUGCGUCCUCUGCUGCCCAGCAGCGCUCCGUAUGAGCCGGAGGACUGGAGCAGCAUCAUGAAGGAUGUGGAGAACAUCAUCCUGCCCGGAGUUGUUCAUUGGCAGAGUCCUCACAUGCAUGCGUAUUUCCCUGCGCUCACCUCAUGGCCGUCUCUGCUGGGUGACAUGCUGGCAGACGCCAUCAACUGCCUCGGCUUCACCUGGGCGUCUAGUCCAGCGUGCACUGAGCUGGAGAUGUGUGUGUUGGACUGGUUGUGUAAAGCGCUCGGGUUGCCAGAUCAUUAUUUACACCAUCAUCCACAGAGCAGCGGAGGAGGAAUCCUGCAGAGUACGGUCAGUGAGUGUACGCUGGUCGCUCUGCUCGCCGCGAGGAAAGACCGAAUCCUGCAGAUGAAGAGUGAAUGCACACACGCCGACACGGACGAGUCAGUGCUGAACUCCAGACUCAUCGCAUACGCCUCCGAUCAGGCUCAUUCGUCAGUGGAGAAGGCCGGUCUGAUCACUCUGGUGAAGAUCAGAUUCCUGGAGACGGACGAGGCGUUUUCUCUGCGUGGAGAAACCCUUCAGCACGCCAUCGAGGAGGACCGCAGGAGAGGAUUUGUGCCUGUGAUGCUGUGUGCGACGCUCGGCUCCACCGGUGUGUGUUCGUUUGACCGUCUGGAUGAGCUCGGUCCUGUCUGUGAGCGUGAGGGUCUCUGGCUGCAUGUGGAUGCGGCGUACGCUGGUUCUGCUCUGCUGUGUCCUGAACUGCGGUAUUUUCUCAACGGAAUUGAGUUUGCCGAUUCAUUCGUCUUCAACCCAUCCAAGUGGAUGAUGGUCCAUUUCGACUGUACGGCGUUCUGGGUGAAGAAUAAGAUGAAGCUGCAGCAGACGUUCACCGUCGACCCGCUUUACCUGAGACACGAGAACUCAGAUGCCACUGACUUCAUGCACUGGCAGAUCUCUCUGAGCCGCCGCUUUCGCUCUCUGAAGCUGUGGUUUGUGAUGCGCUCCUUCGGUCUGAAGAACCUGCAGGAUCACAUUCGACACAGCGUGGAGAUGGCGAAGCUGUUCGAGUCUCUGGUCAGAAACGACACAAACUUCCAGAUCCCAGCGCAGCGUCACCUCGGCCUGGUCGUCUUCUGCUUACGAGCUGGAAACGGAGCGACGCAGGAGUUACUACGCAAACUGACUAAAUCAGGCCAGAUGUUUCUGAUUCCAGCCGCCAUCGGGAACAAACUCAUCAUCCGCUUCGCCGUGACAUCACAGUUCACGAGCGCUCAAGACAUCCAGAGGGACUGGAGCCUGAUCCGGCAGACGGCCAGAGAGGUGCUGCGCUCCUGCACUCUCACACGCCAGCCCAGCGUGAUCUCAGACGAGAGCUGCGAGGAGAACGAGGACGAGCUGAGCCGCAUGCGUCUGGAGCCCAUGAUAGACGAGCGUCUGGUGCGGCAGGGACUGAGACGUGCCACCCGCUCGCUGAGCUGCAGCGCUGAGCUCCCCCCCGCCCGAGCCGAGCGCACGCCGCUGCAGAGAGACGCCCCGCUGGAGCAGAUCCCCGAGCGGCCGGAGCACAGAGCGCAGAAGAGGCUGCUGAAGUUCCACAGCGUGCCCAGUCUGUCGCAGGUGUGGGCGCAGUGUGGCAUGCAGCAGCUCUACCAGCCCUUCAGACGAGGAUGGGUCACCAGCAGAGCCAGCUGCUUCAACUGCUUCCCUCUGGAGACCAGCCCGCUGCCCACCAAAUAACACACACUCACUCACACACACACACACACUCACUCAUACACUCACUCACACACACAC